AUGAUAAAUACAAGGAAUAGUCAUAAUGAUUCGUUAACUUCGGUGGAACCGUUUACAGUUUCACUGAAUAAUAAUAAAAAGCUAUUCUCUAUACUUAAGGCUUUCCCAGGACAUAAUCUGAUUACUUCUCCAGAUAAAUCAACACCAAUAAAAAACCCAUCAUUAUAUGUUCCAAUAUACAAAAGUUUAGAUGUAUCAGACAUAAUUGAAUUUAAUAAUAAUAAAUUACUUUCUAGAAAUCAAAAGGCAUCUACAACAAAAACAUAUAACGAUGUGGAGAUUUCAAAUGCAUCUGAUCAAGAAAACGAUUUGAUGGAAAUAGACAAUGAUGCUGUGCAAUAUAUAAAUAUAGACGAUUUCAUUCCCAAGACACUAAAGGAUCAAGUGAAUACUUUAACUAUAACUAACUUUCCAAAUGUAAAGAAAAUUGCAAUUGAAAAGGUUUUUAAGACAUUGUUGGCAUAUAGUCCACACGAUAAAUCGUUUACAUGGUCUGCUAUAAGCAACGAUCAUAUUGAUAAGAGGUUGGUAUUUAUCAGGUUUUUAAGUAUAGAAUGCAUGAGGUGGUUUUUUGGUGAUUUGUCUGACACAGUACAUCAAAUAUUUGAGAACAUCACAAUCACUGCAGAUCCUGCAAGUGAAGCUUUUUUGAAUGGUGAAAAAGAAGUUUCGAAUGGCCUAGAUGAAUCUCAGGUAGAAAAUAUCACGUAUGAAAUAAGCAAGAUUCUACAAAAUCAAAAGAAUUAUGAAAAGCUUUCCAAAACGACAGGAACGGAAGAUUUAGAUCAGGUAAUGCAAUAUUAUAAUACUUAUAAAGUAGAUCCCACCGAGCUAAUUGAAGUUCCAAAGGAUAUGAAAGAGAAAAUAGUUAAUGAUAUCAUCAAGUUCAGAUCGAAAGUGUUGAGCAUUGAAAAAGCCCGUCGUAAAAAGGAGAUUGAAAACGAAAGAAUGCAAGCCAAAAACAGGUUAAAGAGAAUUUUCGAAGGUAUCAAAGAAACUACUGAUGACAUUGCCAUUGAUUCUGAGAAUGAUAGAGAAGAAGGAGUAGAAAUUUCUAAAGGUACACAUGCGGAAUUCGAAGAAUUAAGUGACGAACAAUAUAAUGAAAUUCUCAAGAAAAGAGAACAAGAAAUUUUGGAAACCCAAUAUCAAGAAAGCUUAUCCCGCUUUAAAGAGUCUGAAACGAUAGAGAAGAAGAACUUAUUGGAUAAAUUAUAUGCUGUGAAGAAUUAUGAGGAUUAUUUAAUAUCAAACAAAGCUAAAUUUAUUGAGGAAAUGAAGGAUUUUCAUGACUAUGAUCUUUCGAAUAUAAGUCAAUUGGUAUCGUUAAACCCAACUAAGAUUCAACAAUAUUACAAUAAUUAUUCAGAGUACCUAAAGAUGAGAAAUCAUGAAAGAAUGAAUGAGGAAAAGAGUGAUAGAAAAGACUUGGAAGAAGAACAGGAAGAAUUACAAGCGAUGAAUAAAGCAUCCGAAUUCUUGUCUUCCUUCACACCAAAAUCUGAACAUAAAACCCAAUUAUCUACUCUGAUCAAGAAUAUAUCGGCAAAUAAUAUUCACAUAUCUCAAUUUAAUUCAAAUAAGUUGUCCUCCUUGAAUAAUAAAAUCGGUGAAUUAAUCGAGGAAUAUUUAGGAAUACGUGAGGAUGAAUUGAUAAAGUUUAUUUACAGCUUUCUCUUAAGCAACGGUCUACACUCCAAAGAAGAAUUAGUAGAAGAGUUGUCUGAAACUUUAGACGAAGAUUCUAUCAUCGUAGUAAAUGAGAUUUGGGAAUAUAUUGACGAAUUGGCAAAUUAG